AUGGUUAUUCAAUGGGCCGACACAGAAGCUCUCAACUCACUCCCCAGGCUCAUCAAGUCCUACAUUGACCCCGAAGACCCCUCCACUGCGGCCCACAAUAUCCUACGCUUGGCACAUCUCCUCCUCUUGUCGAAUCAUCUCACGGAAGCCCACGAAAUUGCCUCCGGGGUGUUUAGACUGGCAAAGAACCUAUCUGAAAUCAGCGAGAAUGAGGUCGGUCUACCACUAUACACACCAAACUCCCUGGAAAUCUUCUGGCAAGAACACCAAGAAAUCCUCCCCCGACCAGAUGAUGCACCAAAAUCCGGUCGCGGCCCACUUGAAACAUAUCUAGCCAAAGAACAAUGGGGCAAAUAUCGCGAAUGCACUCGCACAGGCUGGAUGCUGGAUCGCUAUGGGCUCGCCGAGCCAGAAGACCCAUCGAUCUGGAGCGACACAGAUGAUCCAAUCAUGCUGGCGAUGUGCGCUCGGUUGUUAGCGAAAACAACCACUCCAGGCACGUAUCCGUCACAGGACAAAAUGCGGGAAGCACUUGCUGCUGGACAGAAGCUUUACGCUAUCCCCGAAAUCCCGCUCGGUGAAUGGCUAUUGAGCAGACCAGAAAAUAGACAGAGACAGUGCUGGCUUUUGUACCGGCGGCUUAUUGUGGAGUUAGCAAUCCGGCUGGGAAAAUUCCAGACUGCAGCGGAUCUCUUGAGCCAAGCGUUGAGGGUGGACGGAUUAGUGAACGGGGGUGAAUUGGGAGAUUUUCUCAUGAUUCCUGGUGUAUAUAAUAUUUUGCCUUUGUUGGCUCAGGGUGGCAAGGAAAGCAAUCCAUUUUUCAUCCCUAAGGCGGACGCUGAGGUGAUGGUGAAGGAGAUCAUUGAUGCCCUGGAGCUGCGGGCCAAACAUGGGAGACAAUGGGCGCUGGAUGAAUCAAAGGUUGGAUGGCGGGAGCUUUUGGAUCGACUUGCUGAAGGUGCAUUCAAGACGCAUCCUAAGGAGUAUCGGGCUAUGGGUGUUAAGACCACCAGGGAAAUUUUGUACGAUCCUGCUACGGAGGAGGAGAUUGAGGAAGCUGAGAAAAUGGUUGGAAAACUUCCGGAUGACUUCAAAGCGAUGGUCCGACUAGCGAACGGAUUCAAGGGCGGGUGGCAUCUUUUCGGGGGCGGCAUAGCCGGUAUUCAAAGUAUUGACUUCGCCGAUGGGGAUGCAGAGAACUCGUGGAGUAGCCGUACACAAGAAGAUGACGAGAUUUUUGAUUCAAGUGAUCUGAUUGAGCUUCAAACAGGGUCAGAAAGCGAUGCAUUCUAUCAUUAUUACAUGCGCCCUACAGCAUGGAAUGAGGAUGGAGAACGCAAAGACAACAAGUAUAGGUACUGGCAUUGGGCACCUUGGAUGGGUAGUACAAACCAGUAUAACUCGGUGAGAGACUAUGUUGCAAGCUGCGUGGAGAAGGUAGAGGAUAUGCUGGACCUGGGCGAGACAGAGGACUAUCAAGACGGGGAUGGAAGUGAGGAUUAA